ACAAGGGUAGCAGUAAUUCUAUUUGCAUCGCGACACAUUCCUUGCAAUGAGUGUUUUACCGUUUGUACGCGGUAUUGACUUUACAAAAAAUGAUUUCAGCAAAACAUUCCCCAACUCAAUGCGGCAAAUGUCGCGGGUGCAAUGGCUGAACUUGGAUCGCACACAAUUGCAAGAGAUACCGGAGGAACUGGGUCACCUACAAAAGCUUGAACAUCUUUCACUCAAUCAUAAUAAUCUAGAUAAGCUGUUUGGUGAGCUGACAGAACUAGCAUGUUUGCGCUCCCUGGAUUUGCGACACAAUCACCUAAAAAACAGUGGCAUUCCACCGGAGCUGUUUCUUUUGGAGGAGUUGACCACCUUGGAUUUGUCGCACAACAACUUAAAGGAAGUGCCGGAAGGCUUGGAACGUGCCAAGAAUUUAAUUGUGCUUAAUUUAAGCCACAAUCAAAUUGAAACCAUUCCAGCACCGCUUUUUAUACAUUUGACCGAUUUGAUUUUCCUUGAUCUAUCACACAAUCGCUUGGAGACACUGCCACCACAAACACGUCGCCUUGUCAAUCUGAAAACUCUUGAUUUGUCUAACAAUCCAUUGGAGCUAUUUCAGUUGCGUCAGCUGCCAUCGCUGCAAAAUUUAGAGGUUCUAAGUAUGAGUAAUACACAGCGCACAUUACUUAAUUUUCCUACUACGCUGGAUAGCCUGGCAAAUCUGUCCGAAUUGGAUUUGUCUCAUAACUCGCUACCUAAAGUUCCCGACUGUGUCUAUAAUGUAGCUACAUUGAUACGUCUUAAUCUGAGCGAUAAUGAGAUUAAUGAGCUAAGUGCCAGCAUUGAAUUUUGGCAGCGUUUGGAAUCGUUGAAUGUUUCGAGAAACCAACUUACUACUCUGCCCCCGGCCCUAUGCAAGCUUCCUAAGUUAAGGCGUCUCUUUGUCAACGAUAAUAAGUUAAAUUUCGAAGGUAUACCCUCCGGCAUUGGCAAAUUGGGCACAUUGGAGGUUUUCUCGGCGGCAAAUAAUUUAUUGGAGAUGGUGCCUGAAGGAUUGUGCCGUUGUGGCGCUCUGAAGGAACUGAAUCUGAGUUCUAAUCGGCUCAUCACAUUACCCGAUGCCAUACACUUGCUCGAAGGAUUAGAUCAAUUAGACUUGCGCAACAAUCCGGAGUUGGUGAUGCCACCAAAGCCCAGCGAGGCGAGCAAAACUACUAGUCUGGAAUUUUAUAACAUCGACUUUUCCUUGCAAACGCAAUUGCGUCUCGCUGGAGCUGCAGUGCCACCUUCCAUGCCAGUGGCAUCAACGCCUAAAGAUGCGACGGCACGAAAAAUUCGGCUGCGGCGAGGGCCACGCGCUGAGGGAGGUGAUCAGGAUGCAGCAAAGGUUCUGAAGGGCAUGAAAGACGUGGCCAACGAUAAACAGCAGGCUGAUCGUUCGCUUAAUGAUGUGAGUGAUGGUCGACCUGAGUCACUGAAGCCAAAGCGUUGGGAUGAAUCGUUAGAAAAACCACAGUUGGAUUACUCAAAGUUUUUUGAAAAGGAAGAUGGCCAGCUCCCAGGUCUAACCAUAUGGGAAAUUGAAAAUUUCUUGCCAAAUAAAAUCGAAGAGGUGGUCCAUGGCAAAUUCUACGAGGGCGAUUGCUAUAUUGUUCUUAAGACCAAGUAUGAUGAAUUGGGCACACUCACUUGGGAGAUUUACUUUUGGAUUGGCAACGAGGCGACAUUGGACAAACGCGCCUGUGCGGCCAUACAUGCGGUCAAUCUCAGAAACUAUUUGGGCGCCCGAUGUCGCACAAUACGCGAAGAACAAGGCGAUGAAUCGGAAGAGUUUCUGGGGCUCUUCGAAACUGAAGUGAUUUAUAUUGAAGGAGGUCGUACUGCUACAGGUUUUUAUACAAUCGAGGAGAUGAUACAUACAACACGUCUGUAUUUAGUGCAUGCAUAUGGCGCUACAAUUCAUCUGGAACCUGUUACCGUCAAGCUAGAAUCGUUGGAUCCACGUCAUGCCUUCGUUUUAGAUCUAGGCACACGCAUACACAUUUGGCUGGGCAAGCAUUCAAAGAACACUCUCAACUCAAAGGCACGUUUAAUGGCUGAGAAAAUCAAUAAGACAGAGCGCAAAAAUAAAUGCGAGAUAUUUGUUGAUCAUCAAGGCGCGGAAAGUGAAGAGUUCUGGCAGGGUCUUGAGGUGAAACCAGAAGUAGGUGCUACAUACAUAUUUCUGGAGCACGUGGAUGCAGAUUAUACGCCCGCCCAGCCUCGUCUCUAUCAAGUGCAAUUGGGCAUGGGUUACCUAGAGCUGCCACAAGUGGAGUUGCCUGAUCAAAAGCUGACGCACACGCUCCUUAAUAGCAAGCAUGUAUACAUACUAGACUGUUAUACAGACCUGUUUGUGUGGUUUGGCAAAAAGUCCACACGAUUAGUGAGAGCAGCAGCAGUUAAAUUAUCUCGUGAGUUGUUCAAUAUGAUGGAGCGACCUGACUGUGCACUUGUUAUGCGUGUGCCUGAGGGUAACGAGAUGCAAAUCUUUCGCACUAAAUUCAUUGGCUGGGACGAAGUCAUGGCUGUUGAUUUUACGCGCACCGCAAAUUCGGUGGCCAAAACGGGAGCAAAUUUAACGAGAUGGGCACGUCAACAGGAAACGCGCACCGAUCUUGCAGCGCUGUUCAUGCCACGCCAGAGUGCAAUGCCCCUCAGCGAGGCCGAACAAUUGGAAGAGGAAUGGAACUAUGAUCUUGAAAUGAUGGAGGCAUUCGUUUUGGAGAAUAAAAAGUUUGUGCGCUUACCAGAGGAGGAAUUGGGUCAUUUCUAUACUGGUGAAUGUUACGUGUUUCUCUGCCGUUAUUGCAUACCCGCCGAUGAGGCAGAACCGGAGGGUGAGGAGCAGCGGGACGAUAAUAAGCCAUCAUCACAACAGCCCCUGCCUGAGGAUGAAAUCCAAUGUGUUGUCUACUUUUGGCAGGGACGCAAUGCUGGCAACAUGGGUUGGCUGACAUUUACGUUUACGCUCCAAAAAAAAUUUAAGGCGAUGUUUGGUGAAGAACUCGAAGUUAUGCGUAUCUUUCAGCAGCAAGAGAACCUCAAGUUUAUGUCACAUUUUAAACGUAAAUUCAUCAUACACACAGGCAAGCGUAAGGACAAAGCUAAAACACCAGAUGGGAAAGCUGCUGUGGAGUUUUUCCACCUGCGUUCAAAUGGCGGGGCGUUAACCACCCGUCUUAUACAAAUACAGCCAGAUGCGUCGCUACUUAAUUCAGCAUUCUGCUACAUACUUCAUGUGCCAUUUGAAACCAAGGAUGAAUCACAAUCAGGUAUUGUUUAUGUCUGGUUGGGCAGCAAGGCAUGCAAUGAAGAGGCCAAAUUGGUCCAGGAAAUUGCCGAGGAAAUGUUUAAUAGUCCUUGGGUUAGUCUUCAGAUUCUUAAUGAGGGCGAUGAACCUGAGAAUUUCUUCUGGGUGGCGUUGGGCGGAUGCAAACCACACGAUACUGAUGCCGAAUAUAUGAAAUAUACACGAUUAUUUCGCUGUUCAAAUGAGCGUGGUUAUUAUACAGUGGCUGAAAAAUGUGCCGAUUUUUGUCAAGAUGAUUUGGCUGACGAUGAUAUAAUGAUUCUCGAUAAUGGCGAGCAUGUGUUCCUUUGGAUGGGCCCACGCUGUAGCGAGGUGGAGGUAAAAUUGGCUUACAAAUCUGCACAAGUUUACAUACAGCAUAUGCGUAUCAAACAGCCGGAGAGGCCACGCAAGCUUUUCCUCACUAUGAAAAACAAAGAAUCGCGACGAUUUACCAAAUGUUUUCAUGGCUGGAGUGCGUUCAAAGAGUAUAUCUAAAGAAACGUGUGGAAUUUUUUUAUAUAACAUGACAAUUUUUAAUUGCUACGCACAUAUUUGCACAUAUACAUAGUAAACCUUUCACGUCUUACUUUUAUACUUACAUAUACAUACAUAUACAUAUAUGUAUACCUAUACCUACAAUGCCGGCUAAUAACAGAAGCUGAAUAACUCAACCAUCCCGACAGUAUAUAAAAAGUAAUCGUUUUAUUUAUAACCAAUGUACCAUUUUUUAUGUAUUUUAUAUAAAACUGUAUGUAUUUAUGUAAUGAG